GGGGAGGUGUGAUCAUUAUUCAGUAUGGGGCUCUCCAUAGAAGGUUUCCUGGGCGGCCUAUGGAGCUGUUAUUUACUUGGCUUAGUGCACUCUGCAGGGAUGACAUUGGAUCAGUUGUCUGGUGUGCACUGCGGGGCCAAAGACAUGAGCUUUUCUCUUCCUGUGGGUGUAGAAGUGUUUGCAGCUGAUAUUGCAGUAUUGGAUAAUAAAGAUAAUGCCCGCUCUCUCCAGAAUGACACGGCAUGUGGCCUGUGGAUAGGACGGGACGUGGAGAAGACUCUGCUGGUCACUGCUGCCUAUGAUGGGUGCUAUGUAAGGGAGGAGGAUGAAGACUAUGUGAUGACUGUGAUCCUUGACCGAAUUGACAAUGGAGAAUUGGAUCAUCAAAAAAAGGAUCUAAAGUGUCCCUUAAAAUCAGUUAUGGACGCCCCAAGUGCCAGUGACUGUGCAGCUAUCCAGAAAAGUGACCGUUUGCCUUGUGCCGAGAAUGCCGUGUCCAGGGAUGUGUGUGAAGGACUGGGAUGCUGCUUCUCUCCUAGUGACUCUUCUCCCUGUUACUUUGGAAAGGAAGUGACUGCCCAAUGCACAGCUGAUGGCCAGGUUCUGGUUGCAAUUUCUAAAGAUGUGACUAUUCCAUCCUUAAUCCUGGACUCUGCACAUGUUGUCGAUGUGGACUCUUCAUCAUGCCCUGAAUUAAGUGUUUUGAAGAAUUCCGCUUUUGUAGCCUUCAGGUUUCCUCUUUCUUGUGGAGUAAGGAAGCUCUCUGGGAGUGAGAUGGUGGUUUAUGAAAAUACAUUUGAAGCUACAAUAGAAACGAUGAUAUGGCAAGGUGCUUCAAUCACGAGAGACAGCACCAUGAGACUAUUGGUUCGUUGCAACUAUUCUCAAAGUGCUCCUGCCCCCCUGAUGGUUGAAGUGGUUACUCUUCCACCUCCUCCACCUGUAUCCACCACAGGUCCCAUGUUCCUGGAAAUGAGAAUAGCUCAAGAUGCACAGUACAGGUCAUAUUACCAGGAAAAAGACUAUCCUUUAAUCAAAGGCCUCCGAGAUCUAGUUUUCUUGGAGGUCAGAAUACUAAGGAGAACUGACCCAAACUUAGUUUUGGUUUUGAAUAACUGCUGGGCCACACCGUCCUCAGACCCCACCCAAGAAAUGCAAUGGCCUCUUCUUGUUGGCAGCUGCCCUUACACUGAUGAAGAAAAUGACUACCUCACUGUAUUGUCCCCUGUUGAAACCGCAGUUGAUUUCCCAAAAUACUACCAGCGCUUCAUUGUCAGUGCCUUCGUUUUUGUGGAUGAACCUACCCAAACUGCUUUCAGUGAGACGGUUUACUUCCACUGCAGUGCCUCUGUGUGUAUCCCAUCCACUCAGGACCCUUGCAGUCCAUCAUGCAGCCAAAGGCGGAAGCGUGCAUCCAAGGAACCACUAGAGCAGAUCGUAGUAUCAAAGGGUCCUAUAAAUGUUGUUGCCAUUGAAAAUCGCCCAAAUGUGAAGAUGAGUGUGUCUAUUGAAGGGUCUACAAAAAAUGAUGAUUCUUGGAAUUUCGAGAUGCUGAAUGAGACAGAUGAGGGUUUUAUUGGUGUUGACGGACCAAUUGAUGGCAAUGUGAUUGAGGCAGAAAAACUAGUUCCCAGAAGAGCAAAAGGUGCCACAGAUGAAAAGCCCAGUUUCCUGAUGUGGGUGAGAGGGGCAGCCGUAGGAGGUGGAAUAUUGAUGGUGCUUGUUACCCUUCUGGGUAUCUGGAGAUGUCACCGACGCCAAAGACCCACAAUGCAUACUGUCAAAAUUUAAAUAAAUUCAGAUUUUUUUUUCUAAA